AUGAAGGCCUUUUUGAUUGAGCUUCUGCUGAAGGAUACGGAAAGACUGGACUGGAAAAAAUGUCUUUCAUCAUACCUUAAGAAAAUGUACGGGGCGCAGUCCUGGUCGCAGUUUUACGAUGCCCAGCUUGCCUCAGACUUUGAUGAUUGGAGAAUAUCUUCAAACGGGGAGCUAUCGCCAGAGUCCUUGCUAGCCGCAAACCUGACGUACUAUUGCUAUUUGGAACAGCUAAACUUGAGACUCGGGAACAAAUACAAACAAAUGAAACUCGAUAUUACCUGGUACGACGCAGACUACUCCAUCACUCCAAAAGAUCAGAAAUAUACUCAGCAUACUAUUGCCUUUGAGAAAUCUUCAGUAAUUUACAACAUUGCAGUGAUAUGUAACCAACUGGCCAGAGAGAAGUUGACAGAUGACUAUAAACCGAGCAUCGGUUACAUGACAAAAGCCAUGUGUUGUUUCAAAUAUCUGUCCGAAAACUUUUUAAACUCCCCAUCAAUUGACCUACAAGCUGAAAACACGGGCUUCUUAUCCCUGUUAUGUCAUGCCCAGGCUCAAGAAAUGUUCUUACUCAAACUGCUCAACGGUCCAAAUGCAGAGAAACAGGCCUCACUAAUAAGCAAACUAGCUGUGGCAACUCACCAACUCUACAACCAAUGCAAUGACUUUUUGAAGACACCCGAGGGCGGCAUAACUCCAUAUGGUGAACCCAGAUGGGGCACAACUAUGACAUGCAAAACUUACCUUUACAAGUCCAUAGCCGCAUUUUAUUAUGCCCUCUACCUUGAACAGCAAAACCAAAUGGGCGAAGCCAUUGCUUUCACCAAACUAGCACAUUUGUCUUUGAUUAAUGCUCUUCCUUUCAAAGCAUGGCUUAAAGAGUUCGUCGACUUUGAGGGGCUAAAGAAUAGUAUCAAUAUGAAAACAGAGCAGCUCAACAAAGAUAAUGACUACAUUUACCAUGAACUUAUCCCUAAUAGCGUGUCACUCGACGUUGUCAAGUCAAUGGAUGCUAUUAAACCAAUGACGUGGAAUUCUAUCAUUGAUGAGUCCAUGAAGGACAUUUCCCCUAAGUGCGAAGCUCUGUUCAAAGGUAUUGUUCCCAUGGAGGUCUACGAGAAAGAAAGCAUUUAUUCCGAGGAGAAGUCUAAAAUGUUGAGGGCAGAAGUGGAAGCUACCGAGACUGCAGAUUUGGAAUACAGCUCAUUCUUAGACUUUACGCAAUUACCAAGCCUUAUUCCGGACUUGGAAAAAAGGUACAAGAGUGGAGAGGUGUACAAAACUAAUCCACAAGUGGAACUAAUGAGGAACCAGUUGCUGACAUGGAUAAAAACGUACCAAUCAAGUCCUUACAUGAGCGUUGAAAAACAGAUGACUCUGAUAGUUAAUAAAAGGAAUGAAAUCACUGAAGUUUAUCUGAAUUACCACCUGAUCAGAAAGAAAACGACUGUUAAACUGAAGAGUUCUUUGAUUGAAGCGUCAAGGUCUGAUGAGAAACUAUUUUCGUUAAUGAAGCCGUAUUCAAAAGAGCUGGGAAUACUGGCAAAUGACAACUUGCUAUGGCAGACGUUCAACAAAUUUGAUGGCGAUGGCUCUAAUCAAGAAAGCCUGCUGGACGUUGAUGACACGAAGACUGAAAAGAUUUUAGAUAUUUUGAAGAAACUAAGACAACUGUCUGAAGACCUAAGGGUACUAAAGGAGGAAAGAAAAGAUAUAUUAGAAGAAUUGAAAACGAAAGUUAACGAAGACGACAUCACAACCCUUCUCAUUACUGAAUUGGGGAAAUCCGAUAAAGAACUUCAUGAACUAUUCUCCUCUGAGCUGGAAAAAUUCAGCCCCUUGAGCACUCGCCUAGAGGCGACUAUCUUCAAACAGGUGUCCUUCAUCAAUGAGGUCAAAGUUAAUUUGGAUCAGGUGUUUGCGCUUUCAAGGUACACAGAAAUGAACUCUGAAGAAAUGAAGAGGGAAGCACAAAGAAAAGAAUUUUUUGGCAGGAUUGAGAAAGCUAUGAUGAAUUUUACUAUCUUCGCGUCCGAUAUAGGCAAGGGUAUCCAAUUUUAUGAUUCUCUGUUUAAGAUGUCUAGGGAUCUGCUAAAUUCCAGUAGAAGGCAAAGCGCUGCAAGCAAUUCAAAUUCGGAUUUAGGAUUUUCACCUCGGCCUGCUCUCCCACCCCAACCACCCAGACAAAAUAUCUCAAAUGGUCCAGGGAUUCCUGGUGGUGCAAUGAACACGAUGAAUACCGGUAUGGAGAAUCUGUCGUUGGAUAACAGAAACAACACAAGGCCUUGGAUCCCGACCCAUCCGUCCAACGCCCCUCCGCCAGCCUACCAAGCGGAAACUUCAACUUAUCAACCACUUCGAAUGCCACCACAUUUUUCAAGAGCUCCAAUCCCACAACCUCCAAUCCCACAACCACCAAUCCCACAACCACCAACCUCUCAAUUUUCGGGAGGAAGUGCACCAUAUGGCCAAUCAUACGAUCGACCAGCUCCCCUCUUACCGCCUAAACAGCCAAGUAAUAACGGGAUAACCAGAGAUCAGCAGUUUGAAAAUGAAGAACGUGAAAUAAGAAGGAACCCGACAGCAAUAUACGAUAAAUCUUCAGUUUUUGAUGAAAAUCUUUACUACAAGUAUAGUGACUAG